GCGCCCCGCGCCCGGCCCCGCGCGUUUCGCGUCUCCUCGGGGCCCAGCGCCGGCUUCUGCUGUCGCCAUGACGGCGGCCGUGUUCUUCGGCUGCACCUUCAUUGCCUUCGGGCCUGCGCUCGCCCUCUACAUCUUCACCAUCGCCUCCGACCCGUUACGCGUCAUCUUCCUCAUCGCCGGAGCUUUCUUCUGGCUAGUGUCUCUCCUGCUUUCGUCCCUGAUUUGGUUCAUAGCAAGACUCAUUACUGACAGCAAAGAGGGACCCAAGCAGAAAUAUCUGCUGAUCUUCGGAGUGUUGCUCUCAGUCCUGAUCCAAGAAACGUUCCGGUUUGCAUAUUAUAGGCUUAUCAAAAAAGCCAGUGAAGGUUUGAAGAGUAUCAACCCGGAUGACACAGUGCCCUCCAUGCGACUGCUGGCCUAUGUUUCUGGCUUGGGCUUUGGAAUCAUGAGUGGAGUAUUUUCCUUUGUGAAUACCCUGUCGGACUCCUUGGGGCCAGGCACAGUGGGCAUUCAUGGAGAUUCUCCUCAGUUCUUCCUUAAUUCAGCUUUCAUGACGCUGGUCAUCGUGCUGCUGCACGUGUUCUGGGGCGUUGUAUUUUUUGACGGCUGUGAGAAGAAAAAGUGGUACAUCAUUCUUAUAGUCUUCCUGACUCAUCUGCUGGUGUCAGCCCAGACCUUCCUAAGUCCUCAUUAUGGAAUAAAUCUGCUGUCGGCAUAUAUAAUAAUGGUGCUCAUGGGCAUCUGGGCGUUUUUUGUUGCUGGAGGCAGCUGCCGAAGCCUGAAACUCUGCCUGCUUUGCCAAGACAAGGACUUCCUUCUUUUCAACCAGCGUUCCAGAUAACCUCCAGAAACCAGCCUUUCCCAAGCAGCAGGCUGCAUCCUUAGAGGAAGCACAAUUGUGCCUUUUCCUAAAAAUUCCUGAUUUUCUGAUGGGAUUUAGAAAAUCCUGUCCAGAUACAAAUCCCACUCACUUGGCUUUCACGGAACAGCUUUCUGAAAGGGUUCAUCAGUGGUGCACCUCCUAGCCGCACGUUAGAAUCACCUGUGGAGAAUAAGAGUGCUGAUCCUGGGCUCCCCUCCAGGUUUAGUUGGCCCACGUGAUUGUGACGUGCAGCAGGCUGAGCACCACUGGUGAACAAGUGAGAGCUUCCUGAGAACACCGUACCUGAGUGAGAACGGAACGCCAGCUGUGAUGUAACUCGGUCUCCUGGAGCGGAGUGAGCAGGCGUCUGGAUGCUAACUCCUGGUCAGCCGUUCUCUCUCUAAGUUCUGGAGUCCCCAGAGGGGAAAGGGCUGGGACCUCUGUGAGCCGUCUUCAUGUACGUCCCUAGUGCUGCCACGGGAAAACACGCUGGGCUGUGCUUCCAAGUGCAGGGAGAAAUGCCGAUUAGCUAUGACGGGUUAGCCAAAGUAAGACCUGAUUAGUGAGCCAUGUUCUUCAGGGUUUCCAUUCUAGGAUUUGCUUUGUGAGAUACUGCAUUAUUUUAAAGUAUAGAUCCACUUCCUUAAAAAAAAAAGUUAUUUCUGACUUCUUUGGGAAGAUAUUAUAAAACCAAGAAUUUUUGUGCCGCAUCUGUGAGCGUUUUCUAGGUUCAGAGCUUUUCGCAGACUCUUUCCCCAAGGCCGAGGGCUGAGUGUUUAGUCCGAGUGCUCGCUGCUGGGCUGGCUGAGGUGAAGCUCGUUGUUUGUCUCUGAGCAGCUUGCAGAGAGCCCAGUGGUGUCCUUGUGACAGGCUGUCCUGGAGCUGGGGGAAGUGUGACCCGAAGCAGGAGGCUUGUUGCCACAGGGGUGGUGUUGACACUUUCAUGUGCUCCUCUGGUACUAAGUAGCACUGCAUCCAGAUGGUAGAGCAUCAUAUUGGAAAUAGAACUUGAGCUAUCAAAUCUCAUGCUAUUACAUAACCCAUGUACUUUCGAUCCAGUAAAUAUAUUUGGGUUUUGGUCACAGAUACAGCAUUCCCUUUGUAGGAAUAUCCAAGGUGUUUGUUGAGCUUCUAAACAACCCUUUUGAAUUCCUUUAUAAGAAGAAGUGCCAGUGAAUCAUGCCUUUGCUAGUAGAAGCUGUUCCUAGUUGAUGUCUUGUAGGGAGCUGAUAAUGUGGAAUGAAAUUACCAGUACCUUAAAGUGAUACCUCAGUGAAUGCCAUUGGUGUGAGAGAACAUCCUAAAGAAAUAGGAGCAGCAGUGACGACUCAACAGUGAUGUGACAGAUGAUGGAAUUGGCAGUACUCUGGAGGGGAAGUACAUGCUUAAAACAGAGACAUAGCCCAGUACUGUGGGCUAGCUAAGAGCAGAGUGUUACACGUGAACUAGACCUUUCUCAGUGUCCGUGAAACAUCCUUUUCUUGUGUUUACAAUGUUGGAAUAUCUCAAUCUAGAGAUUCCAGAAAGAAGGGCUUCUAGCAAGGCCGGGCAGUCAUAAUCGAUUGCAGUGAUUCCCCCAAAGUUUACUUCAGCACUAAUACCAGUGCUUCUGCUGAAGUUUGCAGUUUUCCAACUUUUUAUGAUAUUUUCCUUGGACUGUAAAAGCAAAGGACAUAAAAUCUGAACAGUGAAACUUACUGUGCAGAAUCGAGGAGAAAAAGAUACCAUCAAACAGAUGUAUUCCUAUGAGAACAUGGUAUUCUUUGACGAACAGAAUAAGAAAAAUACACAGUUGAUUGUUCAUAUUGUCUCACAAUAUCUUAGUGGAUAUUCUAAAAUAUUUGCUGAUCUAUAAAGUAUAGAAAUCUGAGAAUAUUAAUACCACUCAUGUUUGAGCUGUGAGGGUUUUCUCUACACUAAUCAGUAUCAAAGUAGCUGGGAUAUUGUAAAAUCUCAUUUUAAAAACUCAGAAGAAAAUGUGUUUUUGAUGGUGACACUGUUGUCUUAGUUCAGGAAAUUAUUUAAUAAGACUUACUUGCCUAUGAAUGAAGGAACUUUUGGAACCUUGAUAUUUUUUAGAAUAUGAGUAUGGCCAUAGCUUAGGCACUAUUGUUGCAAAUUGCCUUGCUUUGCCUAAUGCAAAGGAAACCCAGAGAAAAGGUGUAGUCUUCCUCUGUUGCGUGGAUAUAUUGAAAUAUGCUUUUCUUCGCAUUUGUUGUCUGUAAUGAGCAUUCUAAGCUCUAACAAUACGUGGAGAAGCUGGUGUUGAUGUUGUGUGCUUUCCUCCACUCAGAAUUCUCUGUUUGCAGGGAAGUGUGGAUAUAGCUACAGUGGAUUUCAGAAUUGUGAAAUUCUUGCAGUGCUUGUUUAUGCUGCCAUGUGAAUAACAGACUGCUUUUGUUGUGCUCAGUAUGAGCUGUACUUAUUUGUAAUUCAUCGGAAUUAGUAAUCAUAACUGGAGAAGUCUUGUAGCCUCCUUCCUGGCCUGCCUGGCUGGGAAUAGGGUAGCGGCGCCUCUGGUGGUGUCUUUCGGGAAGCCUGUCUGAACAGACGUAGAGAUGGUACCUGCAGACUGCAUGGUAAGUGGUCUUUUUUCGCGGUGCUGGUAUUUCCUCUCAAGUACAUUUCAGUGUUUGCUGUGGGUGGCAGAUUCACAUCAGAGAUGCUAGGUGUUCUUGGCUAUAGAGCAGGUGCAGUGUAAGCUUCCUCUUACCUGGUAUUUUCCCAGUUCCCCUCAGCUCAGCCCCAAAAUAGGCAUUAGCAUUGGGAUGGGCCUGAGGGUUGCUGCUGACCACCCAGGGUGGCAACCUGCCAGGAACACCUGUGGCCUGCCCGGUAGGAAGAGUGUUUUGAGGGCAUUGAUUCUUUUGUUAGCUAAGUUUUUUCUGGGCUACACCAUUUCCCAGUCCAGGUAGAUACGGUAGAUGUCACACAAAGCAGUUUUAAAGCACUUGGCUUUGAGCAUUUUGUUUGUGAUUGCCGUGUUUACAUUUGCCAUUUAAUAAGAAGUUUCACUUCAUUCUAUUAAAUUUUAGUGUUUAGAAGAGGUGGAUACCAUCUCUAUGUAAAAUAUGUAUAAUCUUAUGUAAGUUGUGUUUACAUACUUGGCAAUAUCAGACCUUGUAUUUGAUAUAUAAUGCAGCAUACUCUUUCCAGACCUGUAUUUUUUAGUGAACAAUAAAA